AUGCCUUUAAUAAACAUAUCGUGCCAUUUGACUGAUCCAUCUGGCGCUACACGUCGAUACACGGUGAAGAUUGAGGAAAGCUCGACGGUUCAACAACUUGUAGAUCGGAUUCAGAGCCGUUUCCAGCAGCCUUUAACCCGUAUUCAAAGAAACGACAGAGUUAAUAAUGAACCUGCUCACAUUCUGUUCUUCGACGAACCUGUGGAGGCUGUAGAUGAAUUCUUCUUUGGAUUUGAACAGGUUGAGGUAAGAGUUUUUAUUUUUUUUUCUUUUUUAGAAGCUUAGAAGAUGGUAUUGUAGUGUACGGUUGAAAAGAAGGGUUAGGUUUGUAGGUUUGAGAAUAUAAGUCUGCAGGCUUUAUUUGGAGGCUUAUAAGCUCUGGUUUAUAGGCUUAAAUUAUGUUGUAGUAGACGAUUUUUUGAUUUUAGCCUUAAACAUGUCUUAAAUUUUUACUUAUUGACUCUAAAGUAAUUAUGAGGCUUUUUUAAACAACAACAUCAUAUCAUCUUAUAAAUCUUCAACUUCCAACCACCAUUUCAGGCCAGGCUAUUCAACCGCCCCAGUCCAACCACCUCCACCCCUCCGCAGCAAUGUCAACCAGUCGAGAGCACCUAUUGUGAGAAGAAGUCUCCAAUAAUGCCAGUUUUACUCGAAGAACCUCAAUCAAACUACAGUAACCCAUACUCAGAAUCAUCCUCUACAACUCCACAACACACUACUCCAGCCCACUCGACUCCAUCACAUUCUACACCACAGUACACGGCUCCUAAUGUCAUAUCGUCAUCAGAUUGUUAUGUAGAGACCUCCAAUCAUAUGACGAAUGCUUUGGCUUCUAUGACGGUGGAGAAGGUUCUUGAAGGCUGUAAGAAGGCAGAAGUUGUGUUUGAGAAGUUGAAACGAGCAGAAACAAUACUGCCAGCGGAGAGACAGUUGUUGGUCAGAACUGCUGGAAGGUGGCUCAUGGAUUGUUGUGCUAUGUAAGUUGGGUUAGUAGGAACUAUCAUUAAUAUGAGGCUUCUAAAGACUAAAUUUUUUAUUGGUUAUAAUAUUUUUUUCUUUUUUUAAUGAGGUGGAAACUUUAGGCAUGUAAAGGGGUCGGACCUUGAUUUGGGCCCCUGUUUUUGUGCCACCUUUCAGGGCUAGGGUGGGAAAAAGGUACGGAAGAAAAUUUUCGGUUUUUUUUAAAUUUACAAGGGGAGCACGGUAAAAGUUUUUCAUUUUUUUGGGUAGAGAAAGGAUUUUCGAACGGACCGUCAGGCCCUGCCUAACAAAAUGCAAAUUUAAAAAAAUCUGAAUUUUUGAAAAAAAACGGACAGUUUUAAAUUUUUAGUAGAAUGAAGCCAACCUCAGCUGAACGAGCCUACUUUGCCAAACAUUUUUUUGGUAAAUUACCAAAUUUUCAAUACGAAGUAGUAAGUUUUUUUCAAAUUUAAAUUUUAAAUUUUAAAAAUUUUACUGUUAUUUACAGAGCCAAAAUUUAAGCUGUAACAUUAUUUUACUAAAUUCCAGAAAGACUUCCAUAACAGUCAAAGUCGUGGUUUUUUGGACGUUUUCAUUUACAAUGAGAGGGAUCGAAAGAGUCGAGCUGGUGAACUAAAUCGACCAUUUAUUCCGACCGACGCUUUGGUCAAAACGCUAAAGAGAAAGUUCAGUAAAGUCAGCGAUGGAAGUGGCAACAGAUUUGAUGAACUCAAUGUGUAAGUUGAUGUUAUUAAAUUAUAUUAUUUCAUUUGGUAAGUUAGGCUCUAGUAGGAUCAGAUUUAUAGUAUCGUACGGUAGAGUAGGGUAGGAUAAGUUAGGGUAAAAUAGGAUAAGUUAGGGUAGGACGAACGUCAGUAGGACAUUUUUAUGGUAAGGAUAGGAUAGGGUGAGAGGAAUACGGUUGAAUAAGGAAAGUCAGGAUUAUAGCAGAGCUCAAGUAGAUGGUAUAGUACAGUAGGGUUGGGUAUACCGAAAAAAAACUUUAAAAAAUGUAAAAUUUGCACGAGCAUGGUAACGUACGUGUUGCAAAAACAAUUUUUUUUACUACAAAAGGUUUUAGCCGUCGUUUUGAUUGACCAUGUUGUGAUUAUUUAUAUAAUGAUUCCUUACAUUUUCCAUAAUUUUGAGUAAUUAAUCACUUUUACUGACAAGAGGGUUAGUUUUUUGUAUGUAAAGGUAUUUUGAAACAAACAAAAAAACUUGUGAAAGUAAAAGAAUAAAGUACAAAGUAAAACGUAUAGUAAAGAAGAAAAGAUUAAUUACUGAUAACGUUUGUCACAUCAAACUCUUAUCAAUUUUAGUGACUGUUGGUCUCUUCUCUAUAAUAAAAUCAAAAAAAAAGUUUUUUUGUACUAUAGUGUAUCAGUCUAUUUUUUAUAUUACAGUACGAGACGAGAGGGGUGAUAUUGGGAAGAAAGGAGGGGGAAGGCCAAAAAAAUAUUUUAUAAAAGUUCUUUCCUUUACUUUAUUUAUUUUUCUAUUUAACUAUACAGCACAAUACUAUUAGAGCACGUCUUCUUAUAAUAUGAUAUCACUUUGAUCCUUUAAUAAGAUUAUGAUGACAAAACAUCUUUGACCUUUUAAUGUUAUGAUAACAGUACAUCAGUUCAUAAAAAACUUGUUUUUCAUCACUAUUUCAUGUGAACAAUUACUGUUUACAAAGUUUAUGCACUUUGAUUGAGCUGAUCUUUUAAUUUGAUUUUAAUAGUCGAUCAUCCAUUACUGUAACAUUUUAUAAAGAGGUUAUUAAUCAAGAUGAGUAUGAGUCAAGAGGUCUAUACGGAACAGUACAUGCAAUGUAAUAACUGAUAAUACGAUACUUUAAAGAAUAUUAUGUUAACAUAAACUUUUCAGAGGUCCAUUUCCCAACGAGUUAUCAGUACCGCCAGAAGAGGUCAACCAGCUGACAUACCUUGAAGAAGAUCUCGUUGCAGUAUGUUUUUUGCUUAUAAAUCUUAAUAUAGUAAUAAUGCCACCCUUAUGCCAAAUAAUCUGGUGACAACAUCUUUACAAAGUAUUAAGUUAUUCAAAUAAUUCAGUGUCCCCUAGCCCUAAAAAUUUGCUUUAAGAUGAGGCGCAGGAUUAUGUGAACAACCUAAUGUCAGGUUGUCCGAAUAUGGAUGAGCCAUUGAACGCGCCAAACUUUGAACAUUUUGGCUCAUCCAUAAUCGGACAACCUGAUAGGAAGCCAUAAAAUCCAAAAAAACGGAAAAAUUUUGAAUAGAAACUUGAGUAUUUCAGUUUGAAAACCGCUUUGUUGAAGUCAUAAUUAGAGACUAUCCUAACUUCUCAUUGACCGAACGUUUGGCAGACCGAUGGCAAUAUGACAUAGCACCAAAGAUUGUGAAGUACGUCAAGAAAAUCAACUUUGAAUUCUACAACAAGGCAUCAGAAGGCAUUGCGGUCAAAGAAGAACAACAUGGACUAAUAGCUUUGAAGUUGGUACCUUUUUUGGUUAGAAGAGUUUACAAGGACCAUAGUAAAUUGAGCUAUGUCAUUUUUAAUGUCAAGGUAAGUUUUGGGAUUUAAAAAUUUUGAGUUGAUCUUGUCUUUCCCUACCAUACUCUAUUUUACCUUAUCCUAAUCUACCUUACCAUACCGUCCCUUCGUCCUACCCUAUUUAAUUCCGUAGACCUACUCUAACUUAUGCCUUGGAUUGCCAUUACAUAUACUAAAAAUGUCAUUUAGGAGCUCGACGUUACGGUAAUGCUUCGCUCAAUGAGAGAAAGGCAAGAUGCAGGACCAGUCAUCUUUACCGACAAUAUCGAGUAUCGUAUCGUGGUGAUGGACAAGAUGAUACGAUGUGAACAAUCAGCCGCAUUAGCGUUGGAAAAACUACUCAAAUCAUACUACGUCUACUCAUUGCCAUUGAAUUCGAUGAGAAAAACAUUAUUUUUGUUUAUCUUGACAUUCUUCAACAUCUCCCCCAAGGCUACAAGUGCAUUUAAAGAGACAGUCAAGUGUAUCAUGACUACUACAUGA